GGAUGACAAGCAAUAAUUAUGCUUACAUUGAUGCGGUAAAGACAUCAGAUGGAACUGGCUGGGAAUGGAGCACAACACAUGACAAGUUUUAUUUUAGAACAACUCCGCGUGGUGAUGAUGAAAACCGGUUUAAGGAAAAUGGAAUGCAUAACUACUGGCAUCCACAACAUCCAAGUACAGGAAGUACAGCAGUAUUAGGAACAGGAGCUUUUUCAUGGUAUUGGAUUUCUGUUGAUCCGUCGACUGUUGGUCAUUACAUUUGUCAAAUUCCAGUCACAUUAGAAUACUUCAAAAGAAGUCAAUAUAUGUUUUCUCCAUUCACUGCAAAUCAUGCUGGUGCAAAAUCUGCAUGUGUUGGAAUGGGUGGUCACCUUGCAAUUAUACCGGAUGCAGAAACUCAAACUUUUAUUCACACUAAAGGAGCUGCUUACAAGAGUGCAGGAAAAUGGAUGACAAGCAAUUAUACUGCAUACAUUGAUGCAGUGCAGACCUCAGAUGGUUGGAAAUGGAAUAAAACACACGACAAGUUUUAUUUUAAGACAACUAUGAGGCGAGGCGGUCAAAACAUUCAAAAUGGAAAAUACAACAAUUGGCACAAAUACCAGCCAAAUAUUGGAGAAUAUGCUGUUGUUGGGGCUAAUUUAGGAUUUUAUAAUUGGAGCUGGAUAUCGGUUCAUGCCUCAACUGUGGCUCAUUAUAUUUGUCAAAUAACAGUUGAUUUGGGAAUCUACAAACAAAGCUUAUAUACUUUCCCCCCAUUACCUUUGAAUCACAUUGAUGCAAAAUCAGCGUGUGUUAAAUUGGGUGGUCACCUUGCAAUUAUACCAGAUAAUGAUACUCAAACCUUCAUUCAAACUAAAGGAGCUGCUUACAAGAAGGCGGGAACAUGGUUAACAAGAAGCAAUGAUGCUUACAUUGAUGCAGUAAAGACAUCAGAUGGAACUGGUUGGGAAUGGAGCACAACACAUGACAAGUUUUAUUUUAGAACAACUCCAAGUGGACAAACCAGUGCCUCCAUUACUAAUGGAAAGUUUAACAACUGGCAUAUAUAUCACCCUAAUUAUGGGAAACACUCAGUGAUUGGUUCCAAUCUUGGUGUUUUUGCAUGGAGUUGGAAGUCUGCUUCAUCAUCAACAGUAGCUCAUUACAUUUGUCAGACUGCAGGUGAUACUCCUUGCUUAAAACGUUUGUAUGUAAUAGUAUUGUUUUUAUUCCCAGCCACAAUGGAGUAUUACAACGGGAAUUACUUCAUUUUUUCUUCUCAAACUGGAAGUCAUAUUGAUGCAAAAUCAGCAUGUGUUGAAUUGGGUGGUCACCUUGCAAUUAUACCAGAUAAUGAUUGUUAUCGCAAGAUAUACGUGAAUAUGUUUAGUUAACUUUAAGUUCGAACCUACUUUGUUACCCGCAUUUGAUUUACCGUUAAUCGUAUAUAAGUUCAAUGAAGCGUGCUGUAUUUGCGUUCGUGCGUUUAAGU